GGUCCCUGCAGUUUCAUCGGGCAUUCAGUGACUUGAAGUCAUCCUGCUAAUGAUGAUGCCUUGUGCCUUCGCGUUUUAUAAACACAAAGAGACGUGUUAGUAUUCUCACGCGUUUAAACGGGCUGUGAUAUGAGACUGUGUUUUAAUGUCGAUUUAUGAAUUAUUUUAAAAGUAUGUUACAAAUAAAAUUGAUACGCGACAUGUCAGCAAGAUCAUAAUUAAUGCAUAAUAAUUACAACGUUAACGUUAAGUGAAUUUGUUGUUCAUCUUGUAAUAACAACAAAAAGUUGAAUGCGUGAAAUUCUGCUACACAUGCAUAUCAAACAUGUCUAUGAAGAAAGAAUCUCCCCGAGAUGUGGAAUUGCAUUUGGCGGCCGCGCAUGGCGACACGAAGCGUCUUCGAAUUCUCCUGGAUUCCGGACGUGUCCACGUCGACUGUAAGGAUAAGGAUGGAACGACCCCUUUAAUAUUGGCCGCCGCCGGAGGCCACAUUGAGGCGGUCAACGAAUUGCUGCAACAAGGGGCGGAUCCUAAUGCCAGAAGGCUGACCGGUACAACGGCGCUAUUCUUCGCUGCCCAAGGUGGUUACAUGGACAUAGCCAAUCUCCUGUUGAAACACGAUGCAGUGGUCGACUCUUGCAGCAUAGACGGCGGUACCCCACUUUUUGUUGCAUGCCAGUGCGGUCACUUGGAUGUCGUGGAAGGUUUGAUCGAAAGAGGUGCCAAUCCCAAUGCUCACAUGAAGGAUGGUGCUACAGCAUUGUUCAUCGCCGCUCAAAAUGGACACGUGCGGAUACUGGAAGUCCUGCUGGAACACGGGGCAAAAACGGAUGCGGCAAGAACCGACGGUGCCACGCCUUUAUGGAUAGGAGCGCAAAUGGGACACGAUCACGUUGUAAGGAGGCUCUUGAAAGCUGGUGCGAAGGUCGACGCCACUAGACACGAUGGCGCCACACCGCUCUUCAAAGCAGCUCAUAAGGGUCAUGCUGCUGUCGUUGGUGAACUACUCAAGUAUCGUCCAUCGCUUGGUAUACUUCCAAACGGUGAAAGCGCAUUACACGCGGCAGCUUUAACAGGACAAAUGACUGUUGCGAGGCAACUGGUAGGAGCGGGAGCGGAUCCUUUACUCGUUAAUCAAGAAGGUGUUACGCCUCUCCAAUUAGCUAUUAGACAUUCACAAACGCAGGUUGCUAAUUAUUUGAAGGAUAAACUUAGAACAAGAACGGGAGCGUCUUAGCGCAGUUCACAUUUAUUAUCCGCCCAACAAAAUAGGCGUUAAAUUUAUAAAUCAGUGAAAAAACAUAAGUAUUUCUAAAAAAAUAUAUAUUAUAUAUUGUUAGAAAUGAUUUAUACAUAUGUAGGAUCAUCAGGUAAGAGCAAUCUUAUUAUAUUUCAAAGCGUUACAAGAUUAUAAAGGUGAACGGGAUUUAAUUUUUUCUGCAAGAUUAUGUGCAGAAAUUCCGUUAAAGUUAUUUAUUUUUGGUAUAUGUACAUUAGAGAGAUAUAAAUAUAUAAAGUAAAUCUUAUAGUAUUAAAAGAUAUGCGAACACACAUUUUAACGCAUCCACUUGUAAAUAUGUUCUCUCACGACAGUGAAACAUUGAAAUCAUUCUUUUGAUGCAGGUAGUAUAUAUAUAAAUAUAUCCUUCAAAGUUGUUUUUAGAUAGAACUAUAUAUCUUGUUAAUGAUGAAAUUGUGAUGAUAAACGUAAUAAGUAUAUUAAUAUACUUUUGAAUAAUACAAUCAUCAUGUGCUAAUUAAAGAUUCUAUAAGACUGAUUAAUUUGCCUUAAAAAA